CAGCUUCAUUCAUCCAUCAUGUGGGGCUGGUUCGGAGGCGGCGCCGCCGCUCAGAAGAAGAAGGAGUCGGCCAAGAAUGCCAUCCUCGGCCUGCGGUCGCAGCUCGACAUGCUGCAGAAGCGCGAGCGACACAUCCAGAAUCAGAUAGAGGAGCAGGAGGCCAUCGCCAGGAAGAACGUCAACACAAACAAGACUGUGGCCAAAGCUGCCCUGCGGCGCAAGAAGAUGGCAGAGGGCACGCUGGAUAAGACGAUUGCGCAGAUUGCGACGCUCGAGCAGCAGAUUAACGCGAUCGAGUCGGCCAACAUCAACCGCGAGACGCUGGCGGUGAUGGAGAAGUCAUCACAGGCUAUCCAGAGCAUCCACCAGGGCCUGACACCGGAGAAGGUGGAGGAGAUUAUGGAUAAAAUCAGCGAACAGAAUGCGCUCAGCGACGAAAUCGUCAACGCGAUCACCUCGAAUACGAUUGGCGAGCAGGUUGACGAUGCGGCACUGGACGCUGAGUUGGCCGAGCUGCAACAGGAGCAGCUUGACGAGCAGAUGCUGAGCGCAGGCAACGUCCCGGUAGCGGACGCCGUCCACAAGAUGCCGUCACCAUCGCGUGCGGAACCCAUAUCUAGCAAGAAGGUGGCGAUUGAGGAGGACGACGAGGAAGCCGAGCUGCGGAAACUGCAAGCCGAGAUGGCCAUGUGA